AUUUGCAGUCAAAUUGGUGACUAUCAUUACACCUUGAUACAGGUUUUGUUGGCCACAGGAGGAGGGCAUUUGGUUUACCUUGAAAUUGGAGAUGGAAUAUUGCAUGAAGUAAAACAUGCCCAACUGGAGUAUGAGAUUUCAUGUUUAGACAUCAAUCCCAUUGGUGAAAACCCCAAUCAUAGUCAUCUUGCAGCUGUUGGAAUGUGGACAGACAUAAGUGUUAGGGUUUUUUCUCUUCCUGAUCUGAAUCUCGUCACAAAGGAACAGCUAGGAGGGGAAAUCAUACCUCGUUCUGUUCUUCUUUGUGCUUUUGAAGGGAUAUCUUACUUGCUAUGUGCCCUUGGUGAUGGACAUCUCUUAAACUUCAUGCUGAACACAAAUACUGGCGAGUUAACAGAUAGGAAAAAGGUAUCUCUUGGGACACAGCCCAUUACACUACGGACGUUCUCCUCCAAGAAUACUACCCAUGUAUUUGCUGCAUCUGAUCGGCCGACUGUGAUCUAUAGUAGUAACAAAAAAUUACUUUAUAGUAAUGUAAAUCUGAAGGAAGUGAGUCAUAUGUGUCCUUUCAAUUCUGCUGCUUUUCCAGACAGUUUGGCAAUUGCGAAAGAAGGUGAGCUUACUAUUGGCACCAUUGAUGACAUACAAAAACUACAUAUACGCUCCAUUCCGCUUGGAGAGCAUGCUCGGCGUAUCUGCCACCAGGAGCAAUCUAGGACUUUUGCUAUUUGUAGUUUGAAAUACAACCCAACGGGUGGUGAAGACUCUGAAAUGCACUUUGUCCGUUUACUGGAUGACCAGACUUUUGAGUUCAUAUCAACUUAUUCUCUUGACACAUAUGAGUAUGGUUGCUUUAUAAUUAGCUGCUCAUUCUCAGAUGAUAAUAAUGUUUAUUACUGUGUUGGAACUGCUUAUGUGUUGCCAGAGGAAAAUGAACCAACAAAAGGUAGAAUUCUUGUUUUUACUGUUGAAGAUGGAAAACUACAGCUAAUUGCUGAGAAGGAGACAAAAGGAGCUGUUUAUUGCUUGAAUGCAUUUAAUGGUAAAUUACUUGCUGCUAUUAAUCAAAAAAUCCAGCUGUACAAGUGGGUGCUACGUGAUGAUGGAACCCACGAAUUGCAGUCUGAAUGUGGACAUCAUGGACACAUCCUAGCUCUUUAUGUGCAAACUAGAGGAGAUUUUAUUGUAGUAGGUGAUCUGAUGAAGUCAAUUUCCUUGUUAAUCUAUAAGCAUGAAGAAGGUGCUAUUGAGGAAAGAGCUCGUGACUACAAUGCAAAUUGGAUGUCGGCUGUUGAAAUCCUUGACGAUGACAUUUACCUUGGUGCAGAAAAUAAUUUUAAUCUGUUCACUGUUCGGAAAAAUAGUGAAGGUGCUACUGACGAAGAGCGGGGUCGUCUUGAAGUGGUUGGUGAGUAUCACCUUGGAGAAUUUAUUAAUCGGUUCCGGCAUGGCUCCCUCGUUAUGCGCUUGCCAGAUUCUGAUGUUGGGCAGAUUCCAACAGUUAUCUUUGGUACCAUUAAUGGUGUUAUUGGGGUAAUUGCUUCUCUUCCGCACGAGCAAUAUGUUUUCUUGGAGAAACUUCAGUCAAAUUUGAGGAAGGUAAUUAAAGGUGUUGGAGGACUCAGCCAUGAGCAAUGGAGGUCGUUUAACAAUGAGAAGAAAACUGUUGAAGCCAGAAACUUUUUGGAUGGAGAUUUGAUUGAAUCAUUUCUGGAUCUCAACCGCAGUAGGAUGGAUGAAAUUUCCAAGGCAAUGGAUGUUUCUGUAGAGGAGUUAUGCAAAAGAGUGGAAGAGUUGACCAGGUUGCACUGAGUUUGUUUUUUUUUUUUUUUCUCAAUUAGCAUCCUUCUUCCUUUUUAAUUUUUCAGGGUAUGGGUGAGGGCUAUAGUAUUAUAUGAUAUUUUGUACCCCAUGCUCACCUUCGUUUGUGUUUUGCAAUGAAUGAAUCACAAUUGGUGUAUGAUAUGAAUGCCAUGUUCUGAGGCA